AUGGAAGCACGGCGGUGGCGGCUGACACUGGCAGGGUGCGCAGUUGUGGAGCUCCAACAGCAUGAGCACACAUUCACGUGCUUCAAGGGCCGGCACCACACCCGCUGCCGCAUGGGCCUGCCGCGUGACCUGCAGCCAAUAUCCCAGACGACCAGCACAGGCGCGCUGCUGCUCAAGCGGCGCGGGCAGCGGCUGAGCACGUACAACAGGGCGCUCAUGUACGCACAGCCGUGCAAUCAGUCGUGGUCUCUCACGUUCAAGGUCAGCAGAAAGCUGCAGGACAUCCGUGAGUGGAAGAAGCAGCACCCCGAUGCUCUGCCGGACGAUCCUGAUCAGCCCACACUCGACAGCAUGCCUGUCGUGGCCACUGCAGCAGGCAACUAUGCAACCAAUUACGCCACCAAACUAGAAGGCCACAACCAGAGUGUGGCCACGGCGCAACAGCAGGACCUCCUGGAGGAUCAGCAGGCCCGCCGGACACAUGCACCCGACCGGCCGCCUCCCCCAAACGAGCACCGAGACCUGGGCUGCUUCCGUGUAGCUCACGCCAACAACCACCUCAUCGGCAGCUACAUGCACCCCACCUCGCUGCUGGCGCUGCAGGCGGAACAGGGGCGCAACUCGCUGGAAUCACACACAUAUGAGUCCCAUGACCUCCGUGUCUAUAAAGCCCUGCUUACCACAGCGGCGCCGCAGGGAGCAGGUGAGGAGGCGGGCUCCAUGACACCGGAGUUUGUCGUACAGGACGGGGCAGCCGCCGAUGACGGCACUGCAUGCCUUACGAUCGUCGACCGUGGCAUCGACUAUCUCCACCAGGGCGCGCUGCUAGCGGCGUAUUCACCCAUCCUCAUGACAAUCGCCUACCCUGCCGCAUACGCGCCGCUUGCUGAUAGCCACCCGCAGUUCAACACGCACUGCUGGCACCGGCGCACGACACCAUCGCUGCCAUGCACAUAUGGCGAAGUCCCACUGCUGCCAAAUGAGGAUGGCAGCGCGGAAGAUAAAGAGGCCUACGCGGCGUGGGCGCUAGGCAACUUUGGGUCUUACAGUGCGGACACCGUACCACAGUACGGCACUCUGUGGCAGGCGCUGCAGCACGCAUACAGCGGCCACAGCACGGCCAACCGCAUUCUGCAGCACUUCUUGCAAAAUGCGCGCCAUCAGGCGCUAGCGCGUGUGGAGGAGGAGCUGCACCGCCGCCGAGGACAUACAGCGGAAGAGCUGGCACACACGGAUACCACCAUCACCGAGCUGCUGGCCGACGCACCACUGCCGGAUCCCGUCUGCCGCCGGCUCCAGCAGAUUCUUAUCGUGGAGGCCCCCCACCCAACCGCGUAUACAAGCGACGCGCUCGUCACGCUGCCAGCGCCCAUCCUACAGCAUGACAGCAGCAGUCUCCGCUCCGCCAGCGCAAUCACGCAGCAGGAUCCUGCACGAGACACCGCUUAUGUCUGCGGCCUCCUCCGUGAAGCCAGUGCAUACACUGGGGCGCUGGAGGUACACCUGCAGCAGCAGCAAGUGCAAGGAAUGCAGCUGCACAUCAUCAACCGCGGCCGGUCAGACGUGCACGUGCAGCUGGUGGUGUUGCCCGCGCCAACUACGAUGGAGCAGGCGGACACAGCUGAGCCCCCCCGGGACAUUCCGCAGGGGACACCGCCACCAUACGUACUUAUGCCGCUGGACGCACGGCCAACGCCUGAAGAUACGGCGCGGCUGUUCACACUGGAUGACAACCAGGCACCCGCAUUCUACCUGCUGGCCUACACACUGCUGCUGGAGGGGCUCGGUCGCCAGCAGCCGCCGCUCAGCGUGGUCCUCACUGGCGACGCGGGCACCGGAAAGACACGUGCGCUGACAGCGCUACGACAAGGGUGGUUCGAGCUUCUUUGGUUUAUCGCGUUGGCGUCGGUAGGCUAG